UAAUCCCACGAGUACCUUUCAUAGAUGGACGGCGCUGUGCGUUCUGUGUUCUGCAUAUUGAGCGUAGAAGAAGUAAAAAGACAUGGCGGCCCCCGACGACAACAUGAAAAUGCUCCAAUUUCUAAAACUAAUUGGCCAUCUUAAAAGGGUCCCACGUACAGGUUGGGUGUACAGAAAGGUGAAGAACCCAGAAAGUGUGUCAGACCACAUGUAUCGCAUGGCCAUGAUGUCUCUGGUCAUCACAGAUCCUAAAGUGGAUAAGGACAAGUGUAUCAAGUUGGCUUUGGUUCAUGACAUGGCCGAGUGCAUCGUGGGAGAUAUCGCGCCGGUAGACAACGUCAGCAAAGCAGACAAACACCGGCAGGAGGAGGCAGCCAUGAGGCAGCUUUCAAGUCUGGUGCCAGAUAGCCUCAGAGAUGAGAUUUAUGCACUAUGGGAGGAAUAUGAGCAUCAGAGCAGCGCAGAGGCGAGGCUGGUAAAAGAGUUUGACCGUCUGGAGAUGAUCCUGCAGGCUCACGAGUAUGAAGAGUUAGAGGGGACGCCGGGGAAACUGCAGGAGUUUUUUGACUCCACUCGAGGUUGUUUCCAACAUCCCGAUGUUCUCCAGCUGGUGAAGGCCUUGAAUGAUGAAAGGAGAAGUCACAUGACUGAAAAAAACAACUCUGGGAACUAGCAAUGCACUUCAAACGUGUCACGACCACAACAUUUUUCCAUAAGUUCAGUCAGCAAUGUCAAAUGAACACAACAGUCAAUGCAUCAAGUGUCGUUUUUAAAAAAUGUUUUAUUAUAAAACGGGAUCUGAGAUGUACUUGUGUAGCUCAACAUAAGAUCUGUUCAUUGUGUUAACGUUUCAACCACGACAAACAAUAUUAAAGACAGAGAUAACUUCAAGCAGGCUGAAAACUGGAUUGUAAGUUUGAUCACAGGUAA